AUGAGUCGAUUAGGGUUUAAAUCCGUGGUUUAUCAUGGUGAUGUUUAUCUCGGGGAGCUGGAAACAGUUCCGGUGAACGGUGUUAAUUUCCAGUUUCCCAACAAUGAGAUUCGGAUUCGCCACAUAGCCCCAAUCAGCGAGAGGUGCCAUCCUUUGUCUGUGCUCCAGACGAUCUCACAUGCCUCCGUUCGCUGCAAGCUGGAGCCCGGCUCUAAUGGCAGCUCCAAUCCUGGUGGCGAACAGUCGCUGCUCACCAAUCUCCACGCAACUUGCUUCUAUGAGCUGAAGACGGCUGUUGUGUUGCUCGGUAAUGAGGAGGUUCAUUUGGUGGCCAUGCCUAGCAAGCAGAAGAGAUUUCCGUGCUUUUGGUGUUAUUCUGUGCCAUGUGGUUUAUACAGUUCAUGUUUAUGGAUGUUGAACACGCGGUGUUUGGCAAUUGUGUUCGAUCUUGAUGAGACUCUGAUUGUUGCUAACACAAUGAAGUCGUUUGAAGAUAGAAUAGAGGCUUUAAUGGGUUGGAUAGCACGUGAGACUGACCCUAUCCGGGAGUCUGGGAUGACAGCAGAGAUGAAGCGAUAUGUUGAGGACCGGGCAUUAUUGAAGCAGUAUGCAGAGACCAACUCUGUUGUGGAUGGUGGUAAAGUGUAUAAAGUUCAGCAGGAGGAAGUUCCUAUGCUAUCUGAUGGGAAUUACCGUGUUUUUCGGCCUGUAGUCAGAUUGCCUGAGAAAAAUAUUGUUCUUACGCGUAUUAACCCUGAGAAUCGUGAUACCAGUGUGUUAGUGAGGUUACGACCUGCUUGGGAAGAUUUGAAAAAUUACCUAACCGCGAAAGGCAGGAAGAGAUUUGAAGUAUUUGUUUGUACCAUGGCUGAAAGAGAUUAUGCACUAGAAAUGUGGAGGCUGCUUGAUCCAGAGGCACACUUGAUUAGCUCCAAGCAACUUCUGGACCGUGUUGUUUGUGUCAAACCAGGGGCCAGGAAAUCAUUGCUCAAUGUCUUCCAGAAUGGCAAUUGUCAUCCGAAAAUGGCAAUGGUGAUAGAUGAUCGCUUAAAGGUUUGGGAAGACAAAGAUCAGCCUCGUGUUCACGUAGUUCCAGCAUUCACUCCAUAUUAUGCCCCUCAGGCUGAGAAUGCAAAUGCUGUACCUGUCCUUUGUGUGGCGAGAAAUGUGGCAUGCAACGUCAGAGGAGGUUUCUUCAAAGAGUUCGAUGAAAAUCUACUGCGAAAAAUACCAGAAAUUUACUACGAAGAUGAAAUUGUGAACUUACCUUGUGCACCAGAUGUGAGCAAUUUCUUGAUAUCAGAGGAUGCUAGUUUUGUGCCAAACGGAAAUCCUAAUGUCCCAAUUGCUGAGGGAGUUAAUGGACCUGAAGUUGCACAAAGACUGGAAGAGAAGAAUGUCACAAAUCCUGCUGCUUCUCACCCAAUGGUUAAUAACUUUGAGUUAAAAUCCAAAAGCUUCAAGCCCCCUGUGGUACCUGUUGCAAAUGUUACUGCUUCUGCAGCCACUAGAGUACCCUUGCCUUCUGAAAAACCUAGUUUGCUUGGUGAUCCAUCUCGAAGAGAUUCCAGGCUUUCAGCUUCAACCGAGCCACCUCUGUUAUCUAGAUCGACUUGGCAGGCACCUCACCUGCAACCUCAAGGAGGCUGGUUAGUGGAAGAUGACCCUAAUAAAGGAAGCUUCAACGGACGAAGCCCGGGAAUCAUUCCGGAAAGCGAUCCCUUCGAUAGACAACGGGUUCGUCAGAAUUCACUCGGUCAUGGUGCAUCAUCUACAGUUCCAGAAGAAGCACCAAAUGCAUCUCUAGUAAAUAAUGAAGAGACCAACUCCCGGAAUGACCAUCAGAAGCAGAGUCCUUUGACAGAACUCAGGUCUGAAGGUGAUAAGACAAAUCUGUUGCCAUCUUUGUCCAUCAGCGUGCUCCAAGAGAUUGGGAGGAGAUGUAGGUCAAAGGUUGAAUUUAGGCCUGUUGUUGGUACCAGUGAUGAUUUGCAGUUCUCAAUGGAGGUCUUCUUUACUGGUGAAAAAAUUGGUACAGGAAUGGGAAAGACAAGAAAAGAUGCCCAGCAGCAGGCUGCAGAGAAUGCACUUCGAUUCUUGGCAGGUGAUUAUCUCUCUUAUGUUACACCUCAUUCCAGAGCAAUGGAUAAUAAUAACUAUGAUAAAAGCUUUCUGGAGAAAGAUAAUGGGUUUCUAUGGGACAAUAUCAAGCCUGGAUCAGAAGAACCACUAGUUAGUAAUGGAUAUUCCAAACAAAGUACUUCAGAAUUGGAGCUCGGUGGCCUUGUUGAUCGAUCAUCUUCAGCAUCCUUGGUUUUGAAGAUUCUCUUUCGGAGGUAG